AUGGCGAAUACACCGCACUCGACAGAUCCGAACGGUUCCGUACCUGGAAGCCAUUCUCGAUAUUUGUGCGACGCACCAGACGCGCACGCUUGGCCGGAGAACGUCUGCACUGUCCUCGACUUCAUCCAGCACCAUCGCGACGAGGGGGAUUUCGACAAAGCCUUCUCUGAUUGGGAGACCGAGUUUUCUACGCAGAUCACGCUGCCCCUUGUACCCGCCGAGUACAAGUUCCUUGUUGAGCUGCUGCAGCUGACCGACGCCAACGCCGACGACGACUUCGAGUCCGAGUCCGAGCCUGAGGACCUCGACGCGCUAAACGACGCAUCCUUGGUGACAACAGGACUCCGACAAGACCUUGCCUCCCUGGGCCGCCACGUGCACCAGCGAAUGAGCCCGGUUCUCUACAAUCCCCGCCUGUGCACGAUUACCAUGACGCGCCAGCCUGAGUCGUCACGGGAGCUGGACCAGCAGCAGCAGCGCGAGAAACAGGGCGAGAAAGACCAGGACAAAGAUGGAAAUGAGGUUUCCGGACGAUACAUCCCUAAGGAGCUCGACCCGGUCGGCAUCUACUGCCUGUCUGGGCAGUCCCUGCUCGACAGCAGCGCCAGGCCGGACAUUCAUAUCGGAUGGGGCUGGCAGAACCCCAGCCCGAUUGUUGUGGAGGUGGACUUCUCGAGCAAGACGGGGUUGUCGCAGGCAAAAGACUAUAUCCUCGGAACGAAUGGUGAAAUCCGUACCGUCAUCAUCCUCGAUUGCACCUAUACCAGCCUCAGGGAGCGCCUAGAGCAUCUGAUGGCCAGCAUCAGCACCGAGGGCACUCUGGAGCUUCCCGACACAAGACCAUUCACUCUCACCGUGAUGGUCCUGCGCGCUGUUCACAACAAGACCGACGGCGCGCUCGAAGUAGACGUCUCGGACUCCAAAGUCCCCAUCACGGCCACGUCCACCGAUUACCUCCGCCUCUCCCUCCACGACCUAGACGCACGCCUCCCAGACCACGUCCCCAUAAACGUGCCCCUGCGCAACAUCUACACGCUCGCCGAGCAGGCGGCCGACGAGCAGGCACUCAAGGAUACCUACACCCCUAUCAAGACACCGGCGGCAGCGAAAGACAAGAAGAAUAAAGACGACGGCACUGGGGAGCAAAACGAGCAGGACCGGCUUGCACGCGAGCAGCUUGCUGCAAAGCGCCCCUCCAUCAAGGCACGGAUCAAGACGAGGUUUAUUCAGAGCUUAGCAACGAAGAAGAGGUACUACAGCACACAAAGCCAGAGCCGCACCGCCCAUGCCGCCGCCACUGCCACGUUGUCUUUCUCUUCGAUGAUGGCCCCGGCCCCGGUCCCGGCAGGCCAGGCCUCUUGCUGUACCCUCUACUGCCCAGCAGCAGGGGCUGGUCUCGUCGUAGCACGACGACCUAUCGCUCUCGCUCCUGUUCUUGCUCGUGGCGCCGCGCCUGCCCCCGCCCUAGCUUAUCGUAGCGCCAUUUCUGUGCAGCGCUCGGUCGGAUGGCUAGGCGGCCUGUUUUCUCGACGUCUGCGAUGA